AUGGACGAGCUUCACCCCGUCCUGGCGCGCAUGCGCAUCGCCGCCCUUCAGGCAGAAGUGCUGUCGAGAAACAUGCAGGCAAACGGCUUUGUACGCUCGCAGCGCAGCAAGGUCGCCAUUGUCAAGGAUCCCUCGGGCGCCCGGAAGCUGGGCAAGAAGAGGGUUGUGAGGGCGCGCUCAAACUCGACCUCGAGCGCGUGUUGA